AUGGGCUGUCUGGGAGGGCAGACGGAGGAAGAACGACUGGACGAAAAAGCAAAGAGAGAAGCAAACAAGAAGAUCGAGAGACAGCUGCAGAAAGAGAGACAGGCUUAUAAAGCUACACACAGACUGUUACUGCUGGGAGCAGGAGAAUCAGGUAAAAGCACCAUCGUGAAGCAGAUGAAGAUUCUUCAUGUUGACGGUUUCAACGCUGAUACAGAGAAAGAGGAGAAGGUUCAGGACAUCAGGAAGAACGUGAAGGACGCCAUCGUGGCCAUCGUGGCAGCCAUGGGUACGUUGACUCCGCCCAUGCCUCUGGGUAACCCUGGUAACCAGUCCAGCCUCGACUACAUCAAGAGCAUCGCACCGCUGUUGGACUUUCGUGUCCCUCAGGAGUUCUUUGAGCACACUCACAAGCUUUGGGAGGACAACGGCGUGAAGGCGUGUUUCGAACGCGCCAACGAGUACCAGCUGAUCGACUGCGCUCAGUACUUCCUGGACCGGCUGGAUGCCGUCAGGAGGACGGACUACUCCCCCACUGACCAGGAUUUGUUGCGCUGCAGAGUUUUGACCUCGGGGAUCUUCGAGACCAGGUUUCAGGUCGACAAGGUCAACUUCCACAUGUUCGAUGUCGGUGGACAGCGAGAUGAACGCAGGAAGUGGAUCCAGUGCUUCAACGAUGUGACGGCCAUCAUCUUCGUGGCGGCGACCAGCAGCUACAACAUGGUGAUCAGAGAGGACAACUCCACCAACCGGCUCAGAGAAUCUCUGGACCUCUUCAGAUCCAUCUGGACCAACAGGUUCCUGAAGACCAUCUCAGUGAUCUUGUUCCUGAACAAACAGGACGUCCUCGCUGACAAGAUUCUGGCUGGAAAAUCCAAACUGGAAGAUUAUUUCCCCGAAUACAACAACUACCAAGUACCUGCUGAAGCUGUUCCAGAUGGUGAUGAAGACCCUAAAGUGUCCAGAGCCAAGUUCUUCAUCAGAGACGAAUUUCUGAGGAUCAGCACAGCGAGUGGUGAUGGGAAACAUUACUGUUAUCCUCACUUCACCUGCGCCAUCGACACUGAAAACAUCCGGCGCGUCUUCCAAGACUGUCGUGACAUCAUCCAGAGAAUGCACCUGCGUCAGUACGAGCUGCUCUGA